ACCCACAUCAGAGUUAUAGAAGAUGCACCUAUUAAAAACACUAAUUAUUACGUUUUUGGACAGUUUUUCUGACUGUACAAUACUCAUACUUGUCUUGUUAUUUAACUUAUCAAUAUGGACAACGAGGAAACUAUAAUAAAACCGUCAAACGAACAGAAUGGUUUGAAAGAAUUAUGGGACAGACACAGUAAAUACGAACGAAAAGUUAUUAUUUGGUUUCUAGCACUAAUUGGGGCAAGUGUAGUAAUAUUUUUACUAUGCUUUUUCUUAAUUCCAGGAAAUCCAGUGAUAUGCGAGACAGCAGAUUGCCGUGCUGCCUCUAAUGAAAUUCAAAAUUAUAUCGACCCAUACGAGAGACCAUGUGAUGAUUUUUACAAUUUUGCUUGCGGAAUGUUUACAAGAAACUUCUCAUAUGACGAUUCAUAUCUAUAUCAAUCUGUUAAGCUUAUUAUGGAAGAAAAUAUACAGCACGAUGUCAAUGAAUUGCUUCAAGAACCACCUAAUGAGAACGACUUGCCUGCCUUCAAUCUAGCCAAAAAGUUUUACAGAGCUUGUAUGCAUGAAAAAGCCGUAGAAGAUCAAGAUUUGAGAAAAAUCAAACAAAUCUUCAUACAAAUGGGAGGAUGGCCUUUGUUGCAAGGCCCCAAUUGGGUCGAAGAAGAUUUUCAUUUCCUCAAACCAAUGAGAAAACUCAGAUCUAUGGGUCUUAACGUUGAUUUUUUUCUUAAUAUCACUCUGGAACCUGAUAAAGAAAACACAGAAAGAUAUAUUUUAACUAUCCACGAUAAAUUUUACAGUCCUUCAGAGAUCAGUCCUAAUUCCAAAGCUGCGUUCCUGGAUUAUAUGGUAGACGUAGCUAGCCAAUUUGACGCCAUGAACGCUAAUAUCUGGAAAGAACAGAGGGAUGUACUUGAUUUUCUCUUAAAUUUAGCCAGAAUAUCGGAGGAAUCGAGAAAAUCCAACCAAACCCAUCUCUACAAUCCCUACACUUUGUCAGAACUUCAGCAUGAAUUUCCGAGUAUACCCUGGCUGGAAUAUAUACAGAGCGUCCUAGGUAACGCGGCCAUAUUGCACUACGACGAUAUAGUUACCGUGUCUGAGCCUGUGUAUUUAAAAAAGUUGGAGAACUUAUUAAGAAACACUGAAGCAAGGAUUUUGGCAAAUUUUAUCAGCUGGCAGACUUUGCAAUAUUUGAUAAAUUUUCUGCCUUCGAAAGUACUGGAUAAGGCUUAUGAUUACUUGAGGAAAGUGAAUGGGAAGUAUGAUAAGGUACCAAGAUGGAAAAUGUGCGUUGAAGCAUCAAGAAACAGACUAAGUUCUGCAAUAAAUUUAGCCUACAUUGAUAGAUAUUUUGACGAUAAACUAAAAGCCAACGUUACAAGUUUAAUAAGAAACGUCAAGAGUGAAUUUAGGAAAAAUCUAGUCAUGUUAAACUGGCUGGAUGAGGAUACGAAGAAAAAAGUUGUCAGAACUCUGCUAUCGAGCGUGGAAAAGAUAUUCUCUUACAAUGAUUUCAUUGAUAUAAUUGAAGAAAACAAUGUUUAUCAAGGGGUGGAGAUUGACGAAAAUAAGUUGCUAGAAGCUGUACUGACUCUAGAUUCUAUUUCACUAGAUUUGCAGUACGGUUUACUAAGAAAACCUGUCAAAGAUAACUGGGUUAAAACUCAACAAUUUUUAAGUGGCCUUAAAGUUGUAUAUUCACCGACCGAAAACAAACUUAAAUUCCCUCUGGGUUUAUUCAGAGGUAUCUACUAUAACGGCAAAAGGCCGGAAUACAUGAACUACGGCCUACUAGGCACUGUAUUAGCUCACCAAAUUUCACAUAUCUUCGUCGAAGCCAGAGCAUACCAUGUUGGAGUUUCUGAUUCCAACACACAAAGAUUGUACAGCUGGUGGUCAUCUUCUAGCUUGAAUAAGUACAUUCAGAAGGUUGAAUGUCUGUCAAAUCAAUAUGCAAGAUUGGAAUUACGCGAUUAUGAUGACAUAAGAACAAACACUUUGAUCACUAGAGAUGAAGAUGUGGCUGAUUUAGCUGGUUUAAAAAUAGCUUACGCCACUUAUUUGGAAUACGAAUGGAGGAAUGGCAAAGAACCACAACUUCCAGGUCUUAAAUACACUCCUAGACAGUUAUUUUGGAUAUCUAGCGCUCUGCAAUUUUGUUCUAAAUAUUCCGUGAGGUACAUGAGAGACAAAUAUACAAGAAAUAAGUAUAACCAUUCACCUAAUGAAAUUAGAGUAAACGGUCCCCUAAGAAAUCUGGAGGAAUUUGCUUAUGAUUUCGGUUGUCCUGUUGGUUCAUACAUGAAUCCAGUCAAAAAAUGCCAUAUUUGGUGAUUUUAUCACCAAAUCACUGAUUAUAAUUACAAUUUAUAUGUAUUAUUGUAUAAAGCACUUGAUUUUUAUUGUUUUAAUUCUAAAAACGUUUAAAAACUUUAUAAAUAAACA